CAACAUGGUGGGGCCCACAUGGCACCGUCCAGUAGCCAGUCGCUACCGGCAGUUGGCAAUCCGCGUCCCUUUUCAAGACUCUCAGGCCUCAGCUCUUCUUGUUGCGGAGCAUCGACACUCUCUAGAUUCUCUACUCUCCCGCGUCGGAGGCGGAAAGAAAAGCAGAAAUGGCGGCAACCCCGUCACGUGCCACUCCCGCUCUCUCACGUGAAUUCCCGACCCUUAUAAAAACCCCGCCAUCUCUUCAUCUCUCCAAACCAGAUCUCAGUGUCUUCCUCUCAAAGCAGAAGAAGCAGAAAAUCAUCCGAUCCGAGCUCAAGAGCUUCGAAAACUCUCAUCCAUGGAAUCUCGAGAACGAUCGGAUCCAUCUCAUCCAUGGAACUUCUGCAAAUCCAAUGGCGGUAGCGGCAGCCCUUGAUCAUUCCUCUUCGAAGCGUUCGAAGAAGAUCUGCCUCUUCUACUGCGCGGAGACGAAGGCGCUUGCUGAGCGGGUCGCUGCGGAGUAUGAUGGGAUCGAGCUGAGGAGCAUCAGAUGGAGAACAUUUGAAGAUGGGUUCCCGAACUUAUUCAUUUCUAAUGCUCAUGGCAUUCGUGGCCAGCAUGUAGCUUUUUUGGCCUCAUUUAGCUCCCCUGGAGUAAUUUUCGAGCAGCUCUCCGUUAUAUAUGCUUUACCAAGGAUGUUUAUCUCAUCGUUUACACUGGUCCUUCCUUUUUUCCCUACGGGAUCAUCUGAGCGAAUAGAAGAAGAAGGAGAUGUUGCAACAGCAUUCACUCUUGCUAGAAUCUUGUCGAAUAUUCCUAUUUCAAGGGGUGGGCCUACUAGUUUAGUGAUCUUUGAUAUCCAUGCCUUGCAGGAGAGAUUCUACUUCGGUGACAAGGUUUUACCGUGCUUUGAGAGUGGGGUGCCUAUGCUUAAGAAUAGGCUUCAGGAGCUCCCUGAUUCUGAUAAUAUAUCCAUUGCUUUUCCUGAUGAUGGUGCAUGGAAGCGUUUCAAUAAGCAGCUCCAGCAUUUCCCUAUGAUUAUUUGCAACAAAGUUCGGGAAGGUGACCAACGGAUAGUACGCCUCAAGGAAGGUGAUCCCAAAGGCCGUCACGUUGUUAUCGUUGAUGAUUUAGUACAAUCAGGUGGUACGCUGGUUGAAUGCCAGAAAGUGUUGGCUGAUAAUGGAGCGGCAAAAAUCAGUGCCUAUGUGACGCAUGGAAUCUUCCCUAAUAGAUCAUGGGAACGGUUUCAACAUGACAAUGGCGGGACCCCAGACAAAGGGCUAACCUACUUCUGGAUCACAGACUCGUGCCCGCUGACAGUGAAGGAGGUGAAGAACAGACGGCCAUUCGAAAUCCUCAGCCUUGCCGGCUCCAUUGCUGCUACACUUCAGAUAUAGUAACCGGCAUCUUCUCAUGCAAUUCAAAGAGGAAUUUUCUGUUUUUGCUUUGUUUUUACUCUAUUCUUCUAUAGAGAACUGAAACAAGAUGGGCACUUGGCAUCAAAGGCGGACAUUUUCUUUUCUUUUCUUUUCUUUUUUUUAAUAUUUAAUUCUCUUUUCCGUUGUAGCAGUACAAAAUGUGUGCACAGGUGCCAUUUUGAUAGCAUGUCGGUAGGGUGCACAGCCCAACAAUGUGGGGCUGUGAUUUUUAAAUUUGUAGUGCAGACAUUGAUUGUAGA